AGCCAGACCGAAGCGCAACUGGAGGAAUCCGCAGGGAAUUAUUGUCGCAAUGUUGGCAGCAGCCGUCUCGAAUGCUUCUCGACUACCACACUGUCCGCAUUCACUCGCUUUGUCACUCUGCCACCCUCAGUUAUUCAUUCCAAUAUCCUGAUUCAUUUUGUUUUGUAAUAAAUUAGUGUAGUAUAUUAAUAGGCUAGUGUAUUAGUGUUUGUGUAGAUAGUGUAUUAAUAGGCUAGUGUUUAGUGUUAGUGUGGGUAGUUAUAGGCAGUAGAAAUGGCAGAGUCGAAAAAAAGAAUAAACUUCACCAAAGUCGAACUGACAUUGAUCAAGUCUCUAGUUGUGAGCUGACCCAUAAUCGGGAAAAAAUUACAUGAUCAAAAAACUGAGAACUUGAGAAAAAUAGCGUGGGAAGAGAUUCUAAUAGAGUUCAAUGCUGCGGGACUAAAUUGUAAAAGGAACGUUGAACAGUUGAAAGGAGCAUGGAAAAGAAUCAAGAAUGACUACAAAUCCCAAAAAUCGGAGGAAAGGAGGAGUAGAUUCCGCACUGGAGGGGGGCCCCCAUCACCACCAAAAGUUGAGGAUCCCGAAAUGGAAGAGUUGUUCAAAGACCAAGUACCAAUUGAAAAUAUUCCGGAUGACGAUGACGACUUCAAUGACUAUAAUAGCGAUCAUGAUGGAACUGAGGUACUGGAGGGUACGAGGUCAGCAAGCCCAAAGCCUGACACGCCGGUAGCGGGCACCUCCACAGCACCUGAUUCCCGUGCAACCACUCCGGGAUCUGCAACUGGAUCCGCUCAACCACGCAUCAAACGUGUCUCAUCCAAUACAGACAAGUUCCACAAGAAGAAAAUGGAGUACCUUGAAGAGGAACAUAAACUUAGAUUGACUGUCAUCAAUGAAGAACAUAGGGCUAAAAUGGAAGCCAUUGAGAAGGAGAAAAAAUAUUGGACUUUGAUGGAGGCCAAUGCCCAGAAACAAAUAUCUUUUCAAAGGGAAAACUCUCACAGCUCCAUUGAGCAAAAAACGUUUGAGUUACUAAGUGGAAGCAUUGAACAUAAUUGAAUGCCCGGUUAUCAAGGGCAAAAACUUUUGUUUGAUAAAUUUAUUGGUAAUUAUUUCACUCAAGAUUACUUUCAUAUUCUUUUCUCCAUUUGUCAUUAUCAUUAUCACUUAUUUAUCAUUUUAUAAUAUCCAAUAAAAUAGAUUCAUACUUCAACAGCCCAACCAACUUAUUAAAAACAUAUCACUCAUGAAGUUAUGACAAUAUUGUAAUGAACUUUGUGUAUUGAGGCAAAAGACUAAUGCAAUUUUGUUAUAGCCAUUUCUCACUAGCAACGAAGACUACCUAGUGAAGACUACUGUUGAGAGUUGAGUGUAGACUAUUUCGACAUCGCUGCAAACGCAGCUGCCUCCUUAGCAACGCAACUGCCUCCUUGGCAACAACCGACCAACCAACUAUUAUAGAAAACAUAAUUCUAUCGUAGCCUAGAUUCGUAACCAUAGGCCAGUUCAGCUGUGUAGAUUUUACAUCAGCCGAUCUCACGUUUAUUAUAAAUUGUUA